GUUGACUCAAUCAGAGGCUAGUGACUCAGACAGACGGACGGACGGACAGACAGGGCGCGGGUAGCGGAGCAGACUGAGCAGCAGUACGGGCCCCUCACUCCUCCGGCAGCAAUGAGCAGCCAGUUCAACAAGGGCCCGUCCUAUGGCCUGUCCGCGGAAGUCAGGAACCGGUUGGCGCAGAAAUAUGACCCUCAGAAGGAGGCUGAGCUUCAAGUCUGGAUUGAAGAGGUCACGGGAAUGUCUAUUGGGCCUGAUUUCCAGAAGGGGUUAAAAGAUGGUGUCAUUUUAUGCGAACUUAUGAACAAGCUGAGACCGAAGGCUAUCCCAAAAGUUAAUGUCUCCAAGCAAAACUGGCAUCAGCUUGAAAACCUAUCCAACUUCAUUAAAGCCUUGUCUGCCUAUGGGAUGAAAUCUGUGGAUCUGUUUGAAGCAAAUGACCUUUUCGAAAAUGGAAACAUGACACAAGUCCAAACUUCCCUGCUGGCACUCGCUGGGAUGGCAAAGACAAAAGGUCUCCGCAGUGACGUGGAUAUUGGAGUGAAAUAUUCUGAGAAGCAAGAGAGAAACUUUGAUGAAAACACAAUGAAAGCAGGGCAGUGUGUUAUAGGACUACAAAUGGGUACUAAUAAGUGUGCCAGCCAGUCUGGAAUGACAGCUUAUGGAACAAGAAGGCAUCUGUAUGACCCAAAGAACAGUAUCUUGCCACCGAUGGACCAUUCUACAAUAAGCCUUCAAAUGGGGACCAACAAAGGAGCUAGUCAGGUGGGGAUGACUGCUCCUGGAACAAGGCGACACAUUUAUGAUUCAAAGACAGGCACUGAAAAGUGUGACAAUUCUUCCAUGUCCCUGCAGAUGGGAUAUAACCAGGGAGCCAACCAAAGCGGCCAGAUAUUUGGUCUGGGCCGUCAGAUCUACGAUCCCAAAUAUUGUCCAAAGGGCAAUCCUGACAAUCUGCCGGAUCAAUAUGAGAAUGAGGAUCAGCAUGAGUAUAGCUACAACCAGGAACAAGACUUGUAAUGUCCUCUGUGGUGCUUGGGGUGCAGCACAAAGCACGCUCUACCGUGAAUCAGACCAAACUGCCAGCAGGAGGCUUUACAUUGCCAAAACAAAAUCCAGAUAUGUGGACUAAAACAUUGUUCUAGUGUUUUUGGUUAGAAUUUGUUAAAUUUGUUUUAAUUUGAGGAUCAAAAAUUAAGGUGCCUGAAGGGGACCGCAAUGUAUUAUUCUGCCAUUUUUAUUGCUCUCAGGGGACACCGUAUUAUCCAUACGUCUAAUGGGACCUCAAAAAAAAAAAAAAAAACAUAUUAAACUGUACUACGGGCUUGGAGGUAGCUUGAUGUAUUAGGGAACUGUGUUAUGUAUGUAAGUUGGACAGCUCAAAACUUAUAUUCCCACAUAGCUUUCCUGCUCAAACUCAUCAGGCUAUUAACUGUUUUGUCUGUAGCCAGUGCUCUUUCAUUUUAUGGGCUCCAACCUUUGUUUUCUCAGCACCUACUGCUGCAAGUGAGACUCUGCUGCAUGUCCCUAAUAUUUCUGCAUAGUUCCAAGCCAGAAGCGUACUUUAAAGCGGUACUCCACUCCCCAACGUUUAGUUCUGAACGCUGGAUGCGGGCUUCGGGGGUCACCACGAGAAACUAAAUGUUCUGAACGAUGGGGAGUGGAGUACCCCUUUAAGACUCUAACCUCUGAAGUGAUUUGUCAGAUAUUAAAAGGAAUACUGUACU